AUGCAAACAGUUAGUUCUGUCAAUGAGCCUAUCGUGUCAAAUCAGAACGCAGUGGAUCGACCACCACUAAAGAGAGUAAAGGUGAACACGCUCAAACCAGGAGAAUGCAAACAUACGAGUGAUGAUGGUGAAUUUAGUAGUUUCUAUCUUCCACAGGGAAAGACAGCGUUCAAAUUUCUACAGCGAUUCACGGUUGGCAGAAACGGUGAGGAAGUAGUGGAACUACAACAUCCUAUCCUCCGAAAAUGUUUUGUGAUUCCAUGCAUUGCUGGUUUUACAUGUACAACUUUACUCCAAAAUGAGUCGGACAAAGUCGAUUGGGGCCAAGUAUACUAUGCACUUGUUCUUCGUGUACGAUCGGAUAUUGUACUUACGAAACAACGUGUUCAGAAUGCUCUCGUACUCCAGAAAGUGCGCGUGACAGCCUCCAAGUUCGUCCCCAACCUCGAUUACUUCUCACCUAGUCGUGGAUUUUUGACAGAACCUCAACUUAGUAUGGUCUCAGGACCGCUCACUGAAUUCUUCCUUCAGAAAAUUCAGGCACAAGUACAGGAGAAAGGUAAGAACAUGACACCGACCAUACGCUUCGGAUGUGCACUCCUUUGCAAAGCGUUUACUAUCCAUGCAGACAAUACUGAACUGUUUGAAGAAGUCUUGGUUCAUUUUCGAGACAAGGAUGUUCCAUUUGCUCUGACUGGCGGUGUCGUCGCAGAGCAGGCAGCAAGCUUCUUUUACGACGCGGUCCAUGGUCAGGGAGACAAGCGAUGUCUCGCUCUCGCCAUCCUGCUCGACAUUCUCGACACGACUCUAGAGACCGGUCAGUUCGUCAAUCACGUGGUUCUCGUCAUUUUCGAGAUCGUGGUAGAGGCAACCAAGUGGUCUAGGCAACAACAACUCGCUAACCGUCCAGUGGAAGACAUUCGAGCUUAUGAGGUUUGCAGUGGAGGUUCAUCAAAUUGGUCGUUGCGACUGAUCUCCAACGGACGCUAUGUGUCAUUUGAAGCUUUCCGAUCCAAAGUAGAUGCUAUUUUGUGGACAUAUGUUUCCAGAGAGAUUUACAAACAUCCUCAUUUGGACCUCCACCAAAUCAUGGGUAUCAAAGACGAUGGAGUACAACAAGAUUGGGAUGCGAAGUUGGGUACCAUCAAGAAGUUUGGCGAUGAAAUUGUCAAAUUUGUGGAAUCAAAAGCUCCAAAAGACCCCAACCAACAGAUGCUUGAGCAGAUGGAAAAGUUGAAGGAAGAAAAUGCCCUUCUCAAACACCAGAUGUCGCAGAGUACUUCAGGCAAUCCACCCCCAGCACCAUCAGCACCAGCCCGUCCCAACGCCAAUGCCAUGGGACCCAUGGAUGCAUUUGUGAGACCUGGUAAUGUAGACGCAUCCAAAGCACCCCUGGACCAAUAUCGUCGGAAACCACCUCAACCAGCUCUUCUCAGUUCCAACAGUCCCAAAGACGGCACCCCCGCCAAAAUUCGCGACUGGAUUCAGGGCAAUUUGACCAACAGUGAUCAAGAAAAUCUACAGGCUUUGACACAGACUAUCCAAGAGGAACUCACAGCAGCAGGACCAGAUGAACAACCGGCGAUUGACAAGAUCCUAGUAGACUGGGGCCUCAGUACAGUUAAGGUCAACAAGAUGAAACAUGAACAACAGAUCAAGCUUUUGGCGGCGGUGCAAUUCCUCAAACACUGA